AGGGGCCUCGAGCUCGGCGGGCCGUCGUUUCCGGCGCGGUGCAGGCUGGGAUAGCAUCCGGGUCAUCCGCUGAGGCGAGCGGCGCGCGGGGGAGGAGGCCCGUUCCCUGCCGGUGUUUCUCUCCCAGGCCGCGGCCCCCUCUCUCCGACCGGCGCCAUGGCGAUGCAAGCGGCCAAGCGAGCUAACAUUCGGCUGCCUCCGGAAGUCAACCGGAUCCUGUAUAUUAGGAACCUGCCAUAUAAAAUCACAGCGGAGGAAAUGUAUGAUAUUUUUGGGAAAUACGGGCCUAUCCGACAAAUCAGAGUUGGGAACACUCCUGAAACUAGAGGAACAGCCUAUGUGGUCUAUGAAGACAUCUUUGAUGCCAAAAAUGCUUGUGAUCACCUGUCGGGAUUCAACGUGUGCAACAGAUACCUUGUUGUUUUGUACUACAAUGCAAACAGGGCAUUCCAGAAGAUGGACACAAAGAAGAAAGAGGAACAGCUUAAGCUUCUCAAGGAAAAAUACGGAAUUAAUACAGACCCACCAAAAUAAACUGAUUUUUUUUGGAAAACUUUUCAAGCCCUGCUGUUGAGUUCAACUGUUUUCAAGCCCCGCCGCUGAGUACUUGAACUAAACAUAGGAAUUCUCAAUGAAGUAUAACUUUUCUUUUUAAUUUGAUAAGCUGUAAUUUGAAUCUUUAGGUCUUCACAUUAGAAUUAAAUAAAUGUAAAACAUCGGAAGAUCUGCUUUAAGAUUAAAUCCCCCUAAGCGGACAUAGCUUCUCCAUGUUGUGAGGGUGACCUGGUAGAUGCUGCAUAACCACAGUCCUCUUUCGAGCAGGACCUCUCGUGAUGGCACCGAGCAGGCCGAGUGUUUCAUACCUCCUGCAGUCCUGCCCGCUCCCCAGGGCAGGUUUGAAGCGCGGCAGCCAGUUAAUGCAAAGAGCUUAAGGGGCUCUGCACAAGCUGCCUGCCUGGAGGUAAAUUUCACUGGCUGCAUUCUGAAAAUGGAGUAUUGCAACCAGUGUGCCUGCCGCAGGGAUCCUGGUGCUUUUUUAAAAAAGAAAUAACUAUGGUUUGAUAAUUCAUCACACUCGUAUAUUAUACACAAAUCAUUGCGCCUUUCUCCCUCUGGGAAUGUGUGAAGGAGCCUAACUCCAUGACGUGAGUGUUCGGCUGCUGCUUACUAGAAUCAAAGCAAGCCCAAAUCCAUGUGUAGAACAGAGUUUCUUUUACAAACGAUAGAAAAUGAAUGGCCUUUCAAAAGAAUCCAACUGCUGGAGUGACUUCAGUCAAAAUAUCUGGUUCCCAGUGAUCGAGACAAAACAGAUAGGCUGCAGAAAACAAUCUUGUGUUGCUGGAGGGCUGAAUUCAUGGUAUACGAGAUCUUUAUUAUGUGUACCGGGUUUGCACGGAGGUGAGUUAGGAGCAACAGGAAUACACUUCGCGCCUUUUAAUAUAAGUAGAGAACACCUGACCAAAAUGAGACAAUGCUGGUGGUAAUUUUAGAUACCUGUAGCACAGUUGAUUUCUACUGAGUGUGUUUGAACUGUAAUAUAUUUCAUGUACAUAAAUUUUUAGGUGUAGCAUCUGGUGGAGGAAAAACAGAUUUAAAUUUUUUGGCUCUUAUUUUUUCAGCGCUCGUGUCCUGUAAAUAAAAACUAGUGUGAUACAGAGUCUGCAUAACCAGUAUAUUUUGGAAGCAGAAAAGAAUAACCUCUACUUCUGUUCUGAACCAGCUGGAAGCCACAUGAAUGCUGGCAGUAUCCUGCCUCUUGGGAGUAUUUAUUUGCUUGGAUGUGAUGUUUAACUCCCUGAGCAGACAACUUCCAGCUAGUGCAGAACAUGGGCAGAUGCAAACGUACUUUGCCUGAGGAUUUGUAAUUCAAGUUAAAUUUUUUUCAGUGCAUUAUACUGUCCUAAAGGAACAUUUCCAUUUUCUUAUCCAUAGAUUUUUGUUGAAAUCUGUCACUUAAAGAACCAUGCUGUUCUUGUGUCCAUUUAAUAAAAAAAUAAAUGUGUGUCUACAUA